AUGAAGAUUAUAGACUCAUCCAAACGCAACAGCAACUUGGUCAGCGAAUUCGAGCACAUAGGCCAAUACCUUCAUACAAUCGAAGAAAACAAGCAAGUUAAUAAGCUACCAGAGCAUGCAGCAUCGUCAUCGUCGUCACAACCACCACCUGUUCCUCCUAAGACCUCCGGUAUAAAUUGGCGUUUUGUAUCAUGGAACAAUGCAAGUCUCAGCAGCAGAGCAUCUUCACCAUUCAAGGAGUGGCGUGUAUCAAAGAAUAAUACAGUUCGCAAAAGCACAGCCUCCUCGUCGUCAUCAUCAUCAGCAACAACGCCAUCAUUAUCAUCAACAACGCCGUCGUCGACACCAUCAUCAUCAUGUGGAUCACCAAAUCAAAAAAAGGAAUGCAUGAUCUGCUUUGAUGAUUUUGAAGAAAAGGAGAUUUUUCACACGAGUCAAUGCCAACAUUACAUGUGUCGCCAGUGCCUUACAACUUACCUUACUACAUACACGGAGGCACGUCAUGAUGACUAUUCGAGAAUCCCAUGUCCAGGCCAUCAGUGUAAGGAAGGCUCUUUUGAUUCACAAGAUAUUGUGUCACGUGUCAUGUCACCUACUGCAGCUGACGCUUGGUGGUUUAAAAUCAUUCGACGUGACGUUCUUGAAAGCUAUGGCUAUUGUCCAUAUAGCGAUUGCAAAGCGAUGUUUGAAUUGGAUGAGGCAGAGCUUGAGCAACAACGAUUGAAUCGAGCUGCAGCACAACAAACACCCGCCACCACCAGAGCUGGUUUCACAAAGACAUUGUUUCGUCGACGCUUACGACGCCAAUCACAACCACCUCCUCAACCACAGCGCACCAUGGUAGAAUGUCCAAAGUGCCAUCGUGGUAUUUGUUUGUGGUGCGAGCAUCCAUGGCAUGAUGAUUAUUGCAAAGAAAAGCCCACAGGUCGAUGGCGACGAAAACAUGAUGUUUCAGAAAUGCUCCUUCAAAACGAAAUGAAUCGCCAAAAUUCCAUCGCUGCACGCCAACUUGCUCUUCAACAAGGGUGGACACGUUGCCCGCAUUGUAGAGAAGUCAUUGCUCGUUCGUAUGGGUGCAAUGCCAUCAAAUGCCGCUGUGGAUAUGAGUUUUGUUAUCUUUGUGGUUCAAGAUCGAGGAGCCAUAAUUGCUUGGGCAAAUGCCAUCAGCUAACAGCUCAACAAGUACAAGAAUUGCGCAACAAGAUGUAUGAAAAGAGUUCAAGUGAGAUGGGCAAGAAGCGCUUCGGAUCUGCAUAG